AUGUUCAACCAGUACAUGCAGAAGACAGACAAGGUGUUCCAACAGAUUGACACUAACUUUCAAAAUCAGCAAGCAUCUAUUAAGAAGCUGAAAACUCAAAUUGGUCAAAUAGCUCAACAGCUUGCAGAACGCCCACAAGGGACAUUGCUAAGAAACACAAUGGUCAAUCCAAAAGAGCAAGUGCAAGUUAUUACAACUAGAAGUGGAGUGCAACUUUCAGAGAUACAUGUAAAGAGACCAGACAGAAAAGACAAAGAAGUAAUGGAUAAAGAGGCUGGGACAGAAAUAGAGUUUGAACAACCAACUAACGAGGAGGAUAAAAGGAAAGAAACACCCACAGUGAGAGCACCCAGCCCCGUGAAAGCUUAUGUACCACCAAUUCCCUUCCCUCAGAGGCUACAGAGAAAGAAAUUGGACAAGCAGUUUGCCAAAUUUGUGGAGAUUUUCAAGAAACUAAACAUCAAUAUUCCAUUUGCAGAUGCAAUUACCCAAAUGCCCAGCUAUGCUAAAUUCUUGAAGGAGAUCAUGUCUAACAAAAGAAAGCUAGAAGAACAUGAGACAGUCUGCCUGAACAAGGAGUGCAGUGCAAUUCUAUUGAAAAAGUGA